AUGAGGAUCUUCAAGGACGCUCUGACAAACGCCGAGGUCUUCUGCGACAACGACAGGCCCGUGGAAGUCGAGGGCGACAUUGUGUACAUGCUGAAGGGCAGCUACAUUGAGGUGGGCGGCGAGGACUACGGCAUCUCGGCCAACGUGGACGAGGACGCCGGCGAGGGCGCGGUGGGCGAUGUCGAUGACUCCAAGAAGCAGGUCAUUGAUGUGGUGCACAACAACCGCUACACCGAGACCAACUACGACAAGAACUCGUACAUGGCGCACAUCCGUAGCUACAUGAAGCAGCUCCUGGAGAAGAUUGAGGACGCGGAGGAAAAGAAGAAGUUCCAGGCCAACGCCGCGGCGUUUGUGAAGAAGGUGAUCAAGGACAUUGACGAUUACCAGUUCUUUAUUCCCGAGGGCAACGAGGAGGACCCCGACAACGGCAUGAUUGUGCUUUGCAAGUGGGACGGCGAGGUGCCGUACUUCUACUACUGGAAGGACGGUGUUAGGGGAGAGCGUGUGUAA